UCGCGCGCAGCCCCGCCCCUCGGCCUCCGGGAGGCGGCAACCGCUUCUUGUCUUUUCCAGGUUGUCGGGGACUGCCUCGCCUUGGUUUUCGGUGACCAUGGGGGACCCCAGCAAGCAGGACAUCCUGGCCAUCUUUAAGCGCCUGCGCUCGGUGCCCACUAACAAGGUAUGUUUUGACUGUGGUGCCAAAAAUCCAAGCUGGGCAAGCAUAACCUAUGGGGUGUUUCUAUGCAUCGACUGCUCAGGGUCACACCGGUCACUUGGUGUGCACUUGAGUUUUAUUCGAUCCACGGAGCUGGAUUCGAACUGGUCUUGGUUUCAGCUUCGAUGCAUGCAAGUUGGAGGGAACUCGAAUGCUUCUUCCUUCUUCCACCAACAUGGGUGUGCUACCAAUGACACCAACGCCAAGUACAACAGCCGUGCGGCUCAGCUUUACAGGGAGAAAGUCAAGUCUCUGGCCACCCAGGCCACCCGGAAGCACGGCACUGAUCUAUGGCUUGACAGCUGUGCAGCUCCACCUGUGUCCCCUCCCCCAAAGGAGGAGGAUUUUUUUGCUGCUCAUGCCUCUCAGGAGGUCAGUGGUAUCCUGCAGGCAUCAGCUCAGCCAGAACCAGCUCCCUUAACACCAUGGACCGUGGAAACCACUCCAGAAAAAAAUGAAGGUGGACCAGAGCAAGGGCCAAGUGUGGAAGGUCUGAAUGCUCCAGGGAAGGCUGCAGUAGAAAUUUCAUCUAUUAUAAAAAAGAAACCAAAUCAAGCAAAAAAAGGACUUGGAGCCAAAAAAGGGAGCUUGGGAGCCCAGAAACUGACAAAUGCAUCCUUCACUGAGAUCGAAAAGCAAGCACAGGCGGUGGAUAAAAGAAAGGAGCAGGAAGGUCUGGCCAAGGGUGCACCAAAGGAGGAGUCCAUCGUUUCCUCAUUGCGAUUGGCCUACAAGGAUCUUGAAAUUCACACGAAGAAAGAUGAAAAAAUGAACCUGAGUGGCCAGAAGAAGGUGGAAGCUGAAAGGCUGGGCAUGGGCUUUGGAAGCUCCAGGAGUGGCAUCUCCCAUUCCGUGACUUCAGACAUGCAGACCAUUGAACAGGAGUCACCGACACUGGCAAAGCCAAGGAGGAAGUACCAGGAGGACCCAGAGGAGUCAUACUUCACCUCCAGCUCCAGCAGGUACUUUGAUGACCCCAUGGAGUUACGAGGUAGUUCCUUUUCUAGCUGGGAUGACAGUGCCGAUUCCUACUGGAAGGACAGCAGCAGAGACCCUGAGCCUGCCCUGAAAAGCACAGGCUCCUCAGACAGGUCAAGUGCUCGCCGGAAGCCAGACUAUGAGCCCAUUGGCAAUACUGAUGAAGCCCAAAAGAAGUUUGGCAAUGUCAAGGCCAUUUCCUCAGACAUGUACUUUGGAAGACAAGCACAAGCAGAUUUUGAGACCCGGGCACGGCUGGAGAGGCUCUCUACCAGCUCAUCCAUAAGCUCUGCAGAUCUUUUCGAUGAGCAGAGGAAACAGGCAGCAGGAAACUACAACCUCUCCAAUGUGCUGCCCAAUGCCCCAGACAUGGCACAGUUUAAGCAAGGCGUGCGAUCUGUUGCUGGAAAACUCUCUGUCUUUGCCAAUGGAGUCAUGACGUCCAUUCAGGAUCGCUAUGGCUCUUAAUCCUGGUGUCAGGCUGUGUCCAACCUGGUCAAACUCCACUUCAGAUGGACCUGGGACCACAUUUGGCUGCACCGAAGCCUCGGCUGCUGUGCAGGCAGGCAGGUUCUACUAGUUGGCAAGGCACCUGCACACUCCUGAUUUUUUUGUAUUUCCUCUGAGGCAUCCCCAUUUCUCUAUAGUGGAGAUUUGCUUUCGUUUCUGAUUUAGGUUAGCUCCUUGUGUCAGUCAAGCAUAUCCUUGCUUUAUCUUUGUGGAAUCUUUGUUCCCAGAGCUGGGAACCUGAGCUGCUGGCUCCUCCCAUCUCUCCCUGACCUGGGAGCCUUCACCUGGGGUUUAAGCAGCAGCAGCAGCAUCUCCAUGAACUGUGGGCUCAGGGCUGCCAGAGCUGGCUGGUGCUGGAUGGGACAGAGAAAUAAAGCCACAGCACACUGCAAAGCAGUGAACAACAAAAACAAGACCAGCAGUGCCCGGCCUCUCGCUGCAGACUGCUUCAUGUGUGCCUCCACACAGCCAAGAGAUUUCAGACAACACUUAAAGCCAUCUGUCACUUUGUAAAUUAUUUUGUACAUUCUCUACACUUAAAAUUGUUCCCCAGUCAGUUCUUUUAACAAACCUGAGCUUCCACGAUGCCAAGGGAGUUCAUUGCAACUUGGGAACAGGUGUUGCAGGGCAAGCUGAGGCUCUCAAGUGCACCUGGAAAUAAGUGCGCAAGCCCCAGCUGAGUGAGGCAGCCAUGUGACAUGGCUUCAGGACCCAACUCAGAUUGGGGAAAUGGCGACUGUAAUUGGGUGGUUUUGUUAAUAUUUUUUAUCUUGACCUUGAUGUUCCAAAAGUUACAGGAUAGAUGUAAACCGAUAAAGUCGUUUGGCUGUGUUUUAGACAGCACCAGAAUAUAUUGUUCAGCACAGUAAAAUAUAUUUGAAAUUUGAUGAACCAAAAAUAUGAUUUCAGAUGAAUAUUUUGUGAAUCUUUCUUAAAAGAUCCAAUUUGUAGACUUCUAAAUAUAACAGACAGCACAGCAGA